AUGGACCCCCGAGAGCAUUUAGUAGAUGUUGAGAAGAAGAGGCUGCAGCUCGAGAAGAAUGUGGCAAAUCUGCGGGCCUCAUUGCGGCACUGGCAACAAUGGGAGAUUGAGUAUGAGAGCAUGAAGGAGGAUUUGGUUGCGCUUGGGGAUAAUGCACUGGCAAAGGACCUUGCAGAAGUCGAGAAUGGUGGCGGUGAGUCAUUGUCUGGGAAGGUUGAGACUACUUUACUCGACUCAAAAGAAAGAAGGCUGUUGUUGUACGAAGACGAAGGGUCGCUCCGCAAGAUUCAGAAAGUGAUAGGUCUUCUUUCCAGGCGGACAGACUAUGUCGAUCGGAAUAUUAAAUCAGUCUUAUCUCUUCUUGAAUCUGCAGAACAGAAUCUCAGGAGGUUUGAUUCUUCUGCGGAAACAGAGUCUCAACAAGACGAGAAACUUCCUCUAACCGACAUCUACGAGGAGCUCGACGACGAUGGCAACGUGAUCUCCAGCUCGACAUCACAUCCUAGCGACAAAGCCAAUCAGCUGACUGAAAUGCUUGAGACCGAUGGUAACGAAGGGUCAAAAGCUCUGGCAGCUGACAGGACGCCUCAACCAUCUUCAACGCAUCAAACAACUUCUCCUAGCCAGCUAAAAGCAACCACUCCCCCUGGAUCGAGUCCUUUGCUUCUUGAGGAAGAUGUUGAUGAGAUAGGACUACGAGACUCCGACAUGUCCUGGUCUGAUUCUUCAGUUUCCAGCUCUCCAACAAGGCAGAGGGUACCCAAGCUUCGAAAACGUGUAAGCUUUGCCGAAGGGACUAAACCAGAGGAUGACCCUUUAGAACAUCCAAGGGCGCUCGAGAAGUCGGAACAGAUGCGGUUGCUGAAGGAAGUCUUUGCUCAAGUCCGGCAGGAGAUGGCGAGAAGCAUCGUGGCAAAGAAUUUAGCAGUUGCUUUACCAGAUGGCGUCUCACCACGCUGGUCUCUGCCAGAAGAGUGCGAAGGUGAUUACGCCUUGCCUGUCUUGAAAAUGUCGAGAAAUCGGAAGGCGAAGCGUUUGUUGAAGUCAUAUCAACUCAGUCUAUGGGAGGCGUCAAGAGUACUUUAUAAGAUGGCAGAGACAAACAACUAUGAUCUGGACAGCCCAGAGAUAACAAAUGCAAUUCUUCAGACAAGGGAGAGUCUUGGCCGAAAACCAAAGUCUAGCAAAAACGGCACCAAAGGUGCAACGACCAAGGCUGCGAAAUCCACUGAAGCUGCAAGAGACCUAGUCCCUGCUGAGUCCGAGUCCCGAAUGAUAUCGGUUGGUCAAAAAGGUUCUUCUAACGUGACCGCUGUAGAAAAUGGACAUCUGAUCAAUGGAAAUGCUGCCGCUUUCCACCCAGCCUCGGCGUUUGAACUACAUGGAGGGGACGAUAUAUCGAGUGACUCAACGACAUUGACGAGCCCUGGGAUAGAUAUUGCAAAACGAAAACAGUCAAGUGCAAAUGAAAAGGGCUAUAUUCAAAGCCCAGCUUCAGGUCCCAAUUAUAGCAAGCCCGUAUCCAACGGAGUAUCGCGAUCUAUGGAUUGGACAUCAGCUUCGGACGGCAGGACAGCCUCGCCUAUCAUACCUCAUGAUGAAUCUUCGGAGGACGCCGCCCUUCGCCAGCAGAUGCUUCGAUACAACAUGAAGGAGGUUGGCGCUGUAGUCGCCGAACUCAAUGUUGAUGAUAAUGAUACCGACGACGACAUGGAUGAUGAUUAUGAGAUCGAUGCUGACGCUCAAAUGAAUAUUUACGGCAGCGAUGAAGAAGAGGACGACGAUGAAGAUGAGCAUGGCAGAACAUUAUCUCACGUACUUACAGGUGAUUACCUAGCAGAGAUGAAAGCUCUCGAGGAGAGACUCAAAGCAGGAACUAUGGUCAAUCUAGGACAAUCGGCGGACGACCAAAAAAUAUUAACUACUUUUGCUUCGAAUGCGGCGCCUAUGAAUGGAGAGUCUCAAGCGACUACCGCUACACUCCAGGCGAGUCCAAAUGGAGCCACUAAAGCCGUUCGCUUUGCCGAUGAGCUCAGCAUUCAGGAGGCACCUGUCGCAGAUUCUACCACCAGUUCGAAGGUUCCUCAGAAUUUUGCCGGUCUUGUUGAAAGACCUAUCGUGGAACGCAAGACUCCAGACCAAGUAAAACCCCCUAUGGCGCCUCAAACUAGACCAUCUCGCUUCAAGGUUAACCGUCAGAACGAGAUCGCCAAAAAGAAGAAGCAAAACAAAGGCAGCGAUAGUAUAGCAUCAUCGCCGCCGAUCAAAAGACAAAACCCGGCUACUGCUCCAAUCGUAGAGCGUCCUUUCAAUCCUACCACUUCUAAGCCAAUUGCGCCGACCAAGCCGGAUGACCUUGAUUCUGAGUACCUUCAACGCCAAGUUCACGAUGAGUACCAGCGUCUUCGUAGCCGUAUGAUCCCUAUCGAAAAUGGCUCCCGCAUAGUUGACGAGUCGGCCGAGACAGUCAAUGGCGCAGCGAAUUCAUCAACGGGAGGCAGGAAGAUGAGCCGCUUUCAAGCUGCACGGCUGGGUCUACGAUAA